CCCCACUUUGUAAUAUUAUCUCACGCGCCUGUGCGCCGCUGCCAACACUCCUUCUGUGUCGUCACUUCACCGUGCGUGCGCGCUCUGGCAGGGCAGAGGGAGCGCGCGCAGCGGUGCCGCUAUCAGGAAAGCGGGAGCGCGGAGCUGGGAACAGGAGCUUUACAAAUGACCCAAAUCUAGAGCCUGUGGGGAAGCCACCCAUUGUCUGUCCAGUAAUGGGUCAACAUAUUUCAAAUCAAACUCCAGCAGUCUUUAACAAAUUGCCAGAUCGGAUGAUGAAACAUGCUGCCCUGGUGAGAGAAAGUGGCUUCCUGACUUAUGAGGAGUUUCUCGCCAGAGUGGCAGAGCUUAAUGAGAUCACUGAAAGACUGACUGCUGGGCAAGAAAAAUGCUUAUUGUUCGAAGUCCAACCUGGAUCUGAUUCCUCUGCCCUUUGGAAAGUCAUCGUUAGGAUUGUUAGCUCAAAGAUUAACAAGACUACGGGAAAUAUUGAUGCCUCUAGAAUUCUAAAUCUCUAUCAGUUCACUCAGCUAUAUCGAGAGAUCACCAUGCAGGCAGGUGGGGUUCUUACCCAAAGCAACAUCUGUGAAGGGACUGCAGCAAAUGGAUCAUCCUGUCAGGCCAGUCUCUGGCUAGGAAAGAUUAAAGAGAUGACUGAUGAAGAAGAAUGUUGUAUCUGCAUGGAUGGUCGAGCUGACCUCAUUCUGCCCUGCACCCAUAGUUUCUGCCAGAAAUGCAUUGAUAAGUGGAGCGACCAUAACAGGAAUUGUCCUAUUUGUCGGUUACAAGUGAAGGAAGCUGGCGAUUCUUGGGUUGUGUCUGAUGCACCUACUGAAGAAGACAUAGCAAAUUAUAUUCUGAAAGUGGCAGAUGAGGCUGGACAGCCCCAUAAACCCUAAGAAUUACCAAGAGUGUUAUACUUUCAGACUGCAGCAGACCGUUUAAAUCUGGCCUUUUACAAAAUAAACACUUUAAGAUAUACUUUAAGAUCAAUGAGGCCACUGUACAUUGGAUUACUUUGAUAUUGUCCUUGCUGAUCGAUCAUGAAUUGAAGCAGACCGAAGCUCAAUUGAAAUUCUUAUUUGUAUUCUUACCCGUGCACAACUUGAUGCCCUGUCAAGUUUGCAUUAUGUUCUUGCCUACAAUAUACUUCAUAGCUAUUGCAGCAUUAUGCUCUAAGUGCAAACACUAAGUGACUGCUUGUGAGACUUCGUGUGAAUUGAGAUACAGUGUUUGCCUUUUUAAACAGAACGUAUAAUCCAAUAUCUGUUCCUGAGCUGCAUUAUUCGCCACAUUGGAACUUUGGUUAUCUAACCCAGAGAGGUUUGGGGAUAUUAUUUCUUAAUUGUACUUUAUUGAUUUGUUGGUGAGACUUAAAACACUUGCUUUAUGCAUGUAAUAGCUUGAAAAAAGUGUGAGGAUUGUAGAAGGUAAGCUGAUGAUUAAAUUGUGCCUUUUGAUAGGAUGCUGCUAGAUUUUCGUUGUAGAUUGAUUGAUUACUAUUUGCAAAAUACAAAUUUUUGACAAUGAAGAGUGAGAACCCAGCUCUAAUGAGAUUGACAGAAGAUAGGCUAUAUUUUACAAGGUAUAGUUUAUUUAAGUUUGGAAUUUGAGGACACUUCAAGGUCACGUUCUGUACAACUUGAAACCAGCUUGUAUUUGCAAUGAGAAAAGCUACUAAAAUAAUUAUUUAACAUGUAUUAAUUCUUUAAUUUCACUUUGCUACAAAAGAAUGUCUCUCCCCUUUAAGCUUAUGCAUGUGGGCAACUAUUAAAUGAAAACAAAAACACAAAUGUUCAGUUUUAAAUAAUCUGUUAGAUCAGCCCAAAUGAUUGAACACAUCCGUAUUUACAUUCAUUUUUGCUAUUUCCCCCAUUGCAAAAAAAGCUUCCUUUCAUUUUUAAGAGAAAGGGAAUAUUUUGAUUCUCAUAACUAGGAUGAGACCAGAAUAUCAAACCCAUAUUUAUUGAUCUCCAUGAAUAUGACUCAUUUUCUGUGUUGAGCAAAAUGAAAUAGUAAACACUGUUGGAGUGAGUCCCUGUGUUACUAAGCUAGUGUAAAUGCGAAAUAUCAAGAUGUUUUGCUGUGCCUAAUAUGAUUUAUUAUUAUCAUCACUGUUUUUAGCUCGUUGUUCGUGUAAUGUUGAUGGCAUUUUGAUUCCAGUAAAUCAGUGCAACUCCUCACUUCAUGAUUCCACUAUAAAAAGUAUAGUUUAAAAUUAUACUGCCAAUGGGAUUGUAGCAAUUAAACACAGUGAUAUGCUUCAAUUUUUGCAUGCCUUGAAAGGGCUUUUUUUCAUUCAUUUGGAGUUUUGUCACUGUGUGUCUCCUUGUUUGUACUGUCUCCUCAUUCACCAUGAUUCAUUUAGAAAUAUCUUCAAUUGAAAAUAGAAACUGGAAUUUAAAUUCUUGAAACUUUUUAUGACGUUAACAAGAUUCCAUGUUAAGCAGACAGAGUUUGAACAUGGUGAUAGUAGCCUGUAUUAAUAAUACUGUAAUUUUACACAGGUGAGGUUUAUGACUAAUAAGUUUUAAGCAAUUGCUUUUGAUUAUGUCAGCUGUUUGUCAAUGAGUAGAAGUGCAGUAAUUUCCCUUGUUUUGCAGCAAGUAAUCAUAACAGUUCCGUGUAGGAAAGUACUGAAAAGGUCUUGAUUUCAUUGGUGAUUUUUUUUACCAAUUAGCAUUAAUUGUUCAAUUUAAUGUAAUAAAGCAUUUGUUCAUAAACAUA